CCUCCUUGUUGGGGUACCCAUGGUUUGGCUGGCACCAUAGUAACCAGACCAGUGCCAAGUAUACCCACGGGCUACAUACACAGCCCUCUCGACACGCGCCUGCAGCCACAUUAGCCUCCUUAAUACAGUGUUCAUAUCCAUACUUAGAGCCUGUCCUACAAGAUGCUGAGAGCAGCUGUGACUGUGUUAGGGGUGAUGAUGGUUUGCAUGGCUCAGGUGAACCAUGCAGCCAGAACAAACCCAGCCAUCUCAAGGGCAGCCACUAUUCCCCAGACAGCUGCUGAUGCUCAACAAAACACGAUUGAGAACACACUUGACACCAUCUUGAGGACCAUGAGGAAUGACCAUAGGAAGCUGGAGUCUUCAGUUCAAGAAGUGAAGCAAGAGUUAAGUGAACUCCGUGAAGAAACUGAUCUUAUCCUGGGCAAGAUGUACAAGCCAUCAUGCCAGGAGGUAGCCGAGGACCUGCACAGUAACGCCCCAGGCAGCACUAACGAGGCCACAGUGGGUGUAUACACCAUCAAGCCGCCCAAAUACAAGCCAACGCUGGUGCGUUGUGAGCUGAGCCGUGGAGCCGUAGGGUGGACAGUCAUUCUUUCCAGGUCAAACGGACGCGAGAGGUUCAAUCGCACAUACCGCGAGUACCAGGAUGGAUUUGGUGAUCCCUCUGAGGAGUACUGGAUAGGUAACGACCUUCUCCAUCGUUUAACCACCUGGCGUCCUCACCAGCUCAGAGUGGCAUUAGAGGACUUUAACGGACAAAAAGCAUGGGCACAAUACAAGGUCUUCAGAGUGGGUGGACCUGAGGAGAACUACAAACUCACAGUGGACCAAUUUGAGGCUGACAGCAAUGCAGGAGACGGUCUCAAGAUUCACAAUGGUAUGAAAUUCUCCACCUACGACAAGGACGACGAUACUAACAAGGAUGGCAAUUGUUCUCAACUGCUGGGUGGCUACGGAGGAUGGUGGUACAGUAACUGUUAUCAUGUUCUUCCCACUGGCCGGUACCGCUCAGUGGGAGGUAAUGAGUAUGGUGGUGUGGCCUGGCAUCCUUGGAGAGACGUCAAACACUCCAUCAAAGCUAUGACACUUCUUAUCAGGGCUCAUUAACUCUUCAUGAAAAUCAACCCCUCAAAAUACUCAAUAGAAGGCAAGAAUAAGACAUCUACCGGUAGUGACAGAAUGCGAGGAAUCAAUCUCAGUGGAAAAGAACACUUGUCAACAGUUAAGGACGUUUAUUCUUCAAUAAGUGUUGUGAACUGUACACAAGUGUUAUUUCCCAUAGUUUGCUGGUAUCAACAUACCAUUUAUAACCAGUCUCAUGGUGAGACAAACUUACACAUAGUGAUUCAGAAUUCUAUGCAUUGUAUCUAGAUAAUUAUAAUACAUGUGAUUAAUCAAGUGAAUCAAGAUGGAUUCAGAUAAGCAAUGCACACUGUAUUGCAUCAGCUAUAACAAACUAGGAAAGAGGAACAGUUUUCUCUUUGCUAUCAGAGGUUUCUUGACGCUGGCGAAGAGCUAUUGAUCUAAGUAACUGAACCUGAAUUUUCCUCCUUUAGAUCGAACCUGAUUUCCUUCCAUUCCUAUAAGACGCUGUAUAACCUUCAUGGUUUAGCGCCACACUCUUGAAUAUAAUAAAAUUUCAUAUUAUAUACCCCUCAGAAAAUAAUCAUACAAAUCGCGCUGCUAGAUUCAGAGCUGAAAGUUUUAAUACUCUGUGUAUUAACAACGUGCUACACUGACAGCUCUCUCAGGCAACACUUGAGGAUUUAAUCGUAAUCCAGUCUGCUGGUAAUAUCGAGAACCUCAACUGUUUGCUGAAGUACUUUCAAGUUUAUGGAAGCUGGAAUUAAAAUGUUUAAUUUCUAUCAAUCUUGGUCAUAUUUGUUGUUAAUAAACAUAAGAUCAGAAUAUAAGAAUGUUUUUUUUUUUUGAAGCCAGAGACAAGUAAGAAUUAUUGAUG